UUCUGUUAACUUGACUCUGGCGAAAGAUGGGGCAUCACUACUUUAAGACGCAUUUUUCAGAUUUCACUGUGCAACUUGUCGAAAAAUAACCUAACAAACUAAUUUUCUCUGAGGCCUAUGUCUCUCUAGGACAUAUGUCGACACAUAUAUCCUAAAUGUACAGGUGUUUACACUAGCUAGUGCUAAAAACCCAUGGACGACAACAGGAAGCCGCUAACAAACCUAGCUAAUGAAUUAGCAUCACCUAAAUUCCAAACUAAAGCAGAAAGCGCCAUUUUUGGACUUUCCUCGGGAUUUAACACUCCUAGGACAAGCUCCUGCUCACAAUUAGCGUCAUAAUGCCUUUAUCUCGAUUUACCACGGUUGUAACUGUGGUUUUUAACGUUUGUGCCACUUGGAAAAACAAAAGUUGAACCUUAACCUUGCCUCGACUUUCUCAGCAUCUCCUGUGUACAGUCUGUACUGCAUCAUGUGGAUGUGUAUAGCUGCCUUCCUGCUGUGGAUGAGGUCAGGAGGAUGCACAGAGAAGGCCAACACCUCAGACCUUAUUGAAUACACCGCUGUGGACUUCUAUGAGAAAUUGCAUUCUGGGAAGAUGAUGUUCAUUUAUUUUGAGCAUAAAGUCUCUCCAACCAUCUCUCUCUUCCUGGUGGAGCUGGAGAAGUCUGCUGAAGUUCUGCAGGAUUAUGGCGUACUGGUUGGCAAGGUCAACUGCAACAAAGAGCUGGUUCACACGUACUGCACAGAUGAAAGGCUGCUACACACAGCUUUUCUAUUCAGGGGUGGUAAGGAGUUCUUGGGCUUGGAUUUGGACACAGUGUUUGACGUCAACUCCAUAGUCUCUGAAGUGCUGUUUGCUAUUCUGCGUGAAGAGGUCAAGUACGUCCACACAGACAGUGAUCUCUUGGCCAUGGAGAAGGCAGCCAGGGGGCAGAAGGAUAUUGUGCUGGGUUACGUCAGCAGUCUAGGAACACAAGAGCACAGGUCGAUGAUGGAGACAGCGUAUGUGUAUGGAACCAAAUACCAGUUCAUCCUUAUAACAGGAGGACCAGUGCUGAAACAUCUAGGCGUUAAUGAAUCGUCUCACUCGUCCCAAGUUUGGUUCCUCCACUGUAGAGUUCACAGUCGGUUCAUGACCCCGAUGACCUCUGACCGCUGCCCUUUGACCCGCAUGAGGAAACCCCUGUCCAUCCUCAGCCUCCACUCCUUCCUGCAGCUCAUGGAGGCUCCACUGGUGUCUGAGGUAUACGACGACCCCUCCGUGGUCCCGCCCCCCCAGUUCCCCUACCAGCAGACCCCCCAGGUCUUCCUGUUCUCUCGUCCCGCGACCGAGCACCUGGACCUGGACACGGCCACCACUCUGGCCUGGAGGCUCCGUGGCAUUGCUCUGCUGCUGCUCGUACACAGACAGAGUCCGGCAGUGAAAACCCCAGAUGAAUAUAAUGCUGCUUACAGGCUGCCUGAGAAGAGUUUAGAGGUGAAGUAUAUGACCUUGCACAACCUUGACGAGGUGUUGGAGCUGUUUACAAAUCAAGAGAAGGAGGGAGAGGAGGAGGAGGAUGAAGAGGAGGACGAGGACGAGGGGUUGGAGGACGAGGAAGAGGAUUCAGAUUAUGGAAAGCUGGACGAUGAGAUUGCGGCGUCUGUUUAUGAAAACCGAGGCAGCCUGCUGGACAUGGACUCCAUUACCCAGCUAACCUCUGACAACUUCCACACUACAGUAGCACAAAGCAGCCUGACAGUGGCACUCUUCUACCUGAAAUGGGAUGCUGUUUCAAUGGCGUUUCUCAGCUCCUUCAUUGAAGUUGCAGAGAGGCUUGCAGACUCUGCAGUCGACGAUGUACAGAUGAGUGCAGUUGAUUGUGGAGAGUGGACCGACCUCUGUGCCGCUCAGCCAGGCAGCUCACUGCCGGUCCUGUUUCAGCCAAUCACAGCCUUCCCCAGCGUUUUAGUGCUCCGCCCCCAGGAAUCGGCCCAGCACUACAGGGGCAUGCUGGGUAGUGAGGCGCUGCAUCGCUUCAUCAUGCUGAGCCACCCGACUUCUCCUGCGCUCCUGUCCACCCAGGAGGAAGUGACAUCAUUUCUUCAGGAAGUGCCUCACCCUGAGCUUGCAGCUUACAAGCCUGACAGAGUACUGGGACUGUUUAAAACACAAACACAUACAGGAGUCCCAGUGUUCACUGAAGCAGCAAAGUCACUGAGAGGAGAGGUUUUAACUGGGCUGUUGAUAGAUGGGCUGGCAGAGAAAUGGGCUGCAGACCACGCUGUGGACCUUCCUGCAGUGUUGGUGUUUCCAUCUUGGAGGACACACACUCGUCCCUCCUCACUGCCUGUGUCCUCCACUGCUGAAGAGCUGCUCACACACAUCAACAUGGCACUGCUCCAUCCGAUGCCUGAACUGACGGUGGAGAACCUGCCGUCCUUCCUCUCUCUCGGCAAAGCCCUCCUCCUCCUCUUUGUAGGAGAGGAGGAGGACGAGAUCGGGCGGAGGCAGAACCAGGCGCUGGUGGAGGAGAUGAGACGAGUGGUAGAUCUUGGAGGGGGGAGGAUGGAGCAAUAUCUAGCCUGCUGGAUCCACCUUGGCAGAACUCCAGCUGGAAUGUCCGUACUUGGAUCAUACCUAGGCUCCAUGCCUCCCCUUCCUGCUCUGGUCCUCACACAUUUGCCCUCUAGAGCUGAAAUCUAUCAGUACCCCCCCAACACCCCCAUAGUGGCCCCCUCUGUCCUGCAGUGGCUGCAGAGGGUCGAGGACAGGACCGAGUCACCUGCAGGGAUGUUGGGUGAGGAUAGCUGGCCUCCUGCUGUGGAGUUCUAUGACUUUCUAAAAAUCAUGGACAUGCAGGAACCUGGCUCCACCCAGCAACAAAGGCCUAAAGAGGAGGAAGAGGAACAGGAGGAGGUGAAUGAGGAAGAAGUGAAUGUGGAAGAUGAGGCGACAGAUUCCUCCUCCAGCUCUUCUGCUCCUGAUGCAAACCCUAACAUUCACUCUGAACUGUAACAGAUAAAGAUGGGAGAAAAGAAUACCAAACCACAGAUUAAAUCUGUUUGACUAUUGAUAUGGGCUUCAAUUAUUUUCUUUAUAUUAGUAUUUUUAUUUUCUAUUUUUAUUUUGCUGUUUUUGUCAUAGGAUUAUUGAAUGUAAUAAUCACUCUUUCUUGGUAUUUCACUGUCAGAUUAGUAAAUAUUUAGCAAAACACUACGUAUUUAUGCCUAAUUAAAGGUGGAAAUGACUACACAGACUGUGAAGUUUAGUUUUUAAAAUAGAUUUUAUAUUGAUAUUUUUGGUCUUCGUUCUAUUUUUCCAGGUUUUAAUGUCACCUAACAAAUAUUCUGGAGGUGUUUUCUCAGGGGUGUUUACAGAAAUGCUUUGCUUCAUUUCUCCAUCACAGUCUGCUGUGGCUCUGUGAAUGAUUCACAGUGAAGUCAGUGGUUUCAGGUAAUUAGCUGACUUAUUUAGUCAGUAUGUGUCACUCUCUUGGUCAGUCCUGGAAGUUUCUGUCUAUUUGCUUUCAGUUCAGCUCAGCUGGAGCUGAGCCACACAAAUUGAGAGCUUUAGGUUUUCAUUCUGAUGUGUUAAUGUUAUGAAAAAUUAUGAAAUAAUUCCAAAUGAUACUGAAACUCCACCUAAAGAAGCACAAGAGCAAGGUCUCCAAAUAUAAAGCUGUGAAGUUGUGUUAUACAGCUGAGAUUGUGAAUAUUUGAAUCUUAAAUUUAGAUUUUUUUUGUAUCACCAAAGAUGUGUUUCCAGUGCCAGUACACCUCGCCAAUGCUCUAUUCAGUGAUUAAGUCAGAAUGGAUUCUUUGCAGUCUUUCCAUGGUACUAAAACUUUAACUGUUACCCAUCACAUCUGCCCUCUCUCUAAUAAAAUUAUACCAUGCGUGGAAA